AUUUCCUCUCCCAAAUCUCUUUAUCCCUGACUUCAUUUGUAAAAUAGGGAGUACUAAAAUGUAAAGAAACGAACCCCUCAGCUUUCUCUGGGAGGUUUCGUGGCUCUCCCCUUACUUCCCAAAUCCCAUUCUUCUUUCUAUCGUUUUUUAUCUCUCCCCAGAAAGUGGCCCUUUCCAUAAUUAUAUCUGAUUUCUUUCCCAUACUGUUCUUCCUCCAUGCCCGAUUUUCGCCCAAAUUGUGAAGAAAAACUUUGGGUUUUUUCAUCUAUGCAAUUCUUGCUCUCCCAGAAGGCUUUUAUCCGUUUCCCAUAGGCAGAGACGAGUCUAACCAAGAUGAAAGGGUCAUUCAAAGCGGGAUUCAAAUACAUCUCUAACAUUUUUGUAGUGAAAGAUCGCGAGAUUGAGAUUGAGAUUGGAGUGCCAACAGAUGUUAAGCAUGUUGCACACAUUGGUUGGGAUGGUCAAGCUGGUAAUGCACCUACUUGGAUGAAUGACUUCAAGGCAGGGCCUGACUUUAUUUCACCAACAAUUGGUCAUUUGGGACAUGGACUUUCUCCAUGGUCUUCCCAAGAGUUGCAAUCGGGAUCUGAUUUUUGCAACGACACGACACAAUCUAGAGAGGUUCCUUGUGGUGCUAAGAAACAGAAAAGAAAGAAGCUCAGGUCAAGUGGUUCAUCUGCUUCAUCAAGGUCAACCCGCUCGGCUAAACCGAAGGUGAAGUUAGCCGAAGACGAGCCCAAGCCAAUGACCAUAGAAGUGGCUACAUAUUGAGUUUACAUAGAGUUGGCCUA